CAUCCUUCUAGGACUAGACCACACUUCAGAAUAGGCUACGGUACUCUACCGCUAACAAGGACGUUUUUCUUUUGGUUUUUACUAUUUUUCUUUAAUAAAGACUUGUGUUCUUGACUGUUACAAAUAUGAAGGACAGGAGAAAUCCACAGCCGUUGGUGGUGAGAUGUAAACUGGUUCUUGUUGGGGAUGUUCAAUGCGGAAAAACUGCGAUGUUGCAAGUCCUCGCGAAGGAUUGUUAUCCAGAGACGUAUGUUCCCACAGUGUUUGAGAACUACACAGCGUGUCUGGAACUUGAGGAGCAGCGUGUGGAGCUCAGUCUGUGGGACACGUCAGGUUCUCCCUACUAUGACAAUGUGAGGCCUCUCUGUUACAGUGCCUCUGACGCGGUGCUCCUCUGUUUUGACAUCAGCCGCCCAGACACCUUCGACUGUGGGCUCAAGAAGUGGAAGACAGAGAUCUUAGAUUUCUGCCCCAGCACACGCAUCCUUCUCAUUGGCUGUAAGACCGACCUGCGCACAGACGUCUGCACCCUGAUGGAGCUGUCCAAUCAGAAACAGGUCCCCAUCACCCAUGAGCAGGGUUCCUCCAUGGCCAAGCAGCUUGGUACUGAGGCCUACCUGGAGUGUUCAGCGUUCACCUCAGAGAAGAGUAUCCACAGUGUGUUCCGUACGGCCUCUCUGGCUUGCAUCAACAAGCUCCAGCUCCUCCCCAAGACCAGCCCCACUCAACGCUUAUCCAAGAGGCUCCUCCAUCUCCCCAGCCGCUCCGAGCUGCUCUCCACCACCUUCAAGAAGGAGAAGACCAAGAGCUGCUCCAUCAUGUGAGUGGAGACCCGGGGCGGGGGGGCUUUCGCUCCCUUCCAACACGCUGCUCCGAUUCCCCAGAACCCCUUGACUGUUUGGUUCGGGGAAGGUGUGGUUGGUUUCAUCACGAUAGCUUUAACAUGAGAAGGCUCUUCCUCCAUGCUGACCCCCCCCAACCCCGCCCCAAAAGUCAAAUAAACUCAGAACAGGUGGACACCUUGUCCUGAACUACUCUUCAGUGCAUAUCUAAUCUUUUUCACUACUGUAACUUGGCUUUUUGAUCAUUAGCGAACCAUUUUUCUCACCUGUUACAGUAACGGUAUGCAACCAUGAUGGUGUGACAUCACUACUAUUUAGGAACAUGUUGAUUUGUCCAAAUUGGAGAAAUGUGCAACGUGUGACAAAGCUUUAACAUUGGGAUGUAAAAAUGCCUCUCAAGACAAUUAAAUACCUAUUUUAAAAAACAAAAUUGAGCAUGAUAAUAUCUCAGACAUUACUGAAAAUUGUAUCCCCUCUGUAUUACAGAGUGUCAACUAUAAGGUGUAGCAACAUGAGCAAAUCAGUGGUCAAACAGUGUUUGUGAUCUUCUUGAUUAAGGCCCAACGGGGGCUGACUGUUUGAGAGAGACGUGGAGAGAGGAGUGUUUGAUGGGAUCAUAGCAUGAACAGAGGGCCAUUACAUUUCUCAUUGUCUCGGCCGUGAGGAGAGGAGGACUUGACGGAUAAGGGCUGAUUGCAUGAACAGAGGGCCAUUACAUUUCUCAUUGUCUCGGCCGUGAGGAGAGGAGGUCUUGAAGGAUAAGGGCUGAUUGCGUGAACAGGAAGGUGUCAGGCAGACAGACAAGCAGACAGGCGGACGAACGGACAAGCAGACAAGCAGGCAAGCAGGCAGACCAACAAUCAGGCAGACAGACAGACAGACAGAUAUACACACAGACAGACAGACAGACACCAGUGUGAGCCAUCUGCUCUCAGUCAGUGGAGUACCAGGUUACAGAGGAAAAGUACAGAACAGAUGGAUAUUGGAGCUUUGGGAGAAGAAAAGAGGGAAGUGACAAAACAAUGUGAAUGUACUGGAGCUUCCAGAGAUAGAAAACAAUGUGAAUGUACUGGUGCUUCCAGAGAUAGAAAACAAUGUGAAUGUACUGGUUCUUCCAGAGAUAGAAAACAAUGUGAAUGUACUGGUGCUUCCAGAGAUAGAAAACAAUGUGAAUGUACUGGUGCUUCCAGAGAUAGAAAACAAUGUGAAUGUACUGGUGCUUCCAGAGAUAGAAAACAAUGUGAAUGUACUGGAGCUUCCAGAGAUAGAAAACAAUGUGAAUGUACUGGUGCUUCCAGAGAUAGAAAACAAUGUGAAUGUACUGGUUCUUCCAGAGAUAGAAAACAAUGUGAAUGUACUGGUGCUUCCAGAGAUAGAAAACAAUGUGAAUGUACUGGUGCUUCCAGAGAUAGAAAACAAUGUGAAUGUACUGGUGCUUCCAAAGAUAGAAAACAAUGUGAAUGUACUGGUGCUUCCAGAGAUAGAAAACAAUGUGAAUGUACUGGAGCUUCCAGAGAUAGAAAACAAUGUGAAUGUACUGGUGCUUCCAGAGAUAGAAAACAAUGUGAAUGUACUGGUGCUUCCAGAGAUAGAAAACAAUGUGAAUGUACUGGUGCUUCCAGAGAUAGAAAACAAUGUGAAUGUACUGGUGCUUCCAGAGAUAGAAAACAAUGUGAAUGUACUGGUGCUUCCAGAGAUAGAAAACAAUGUGAUUGUAGCUGAGAAUUGUCUGAUGAGGAGUGCUUUGAUGAAGAAAAAAACACUUCCAGGGAGUGGGGUAUUGUUUUAAUCGGGGCCAUAGGCACAACACAGUUUAAUGCAGCUCUGUCAAGAGAUCUGUGAAGUUACAUCUGGUAAUGGUUGGCAGGUCAGUGUUGCAAUUCCUUGAGGUGAUUAUUUACAGGACUGUCUGUUUGAAACUAGAAGAUGCUGCUUAAAAACUUGUCUGAAUCCACUGGGGAAAUGUGAUAUCCAGUUCACAAAAAUCCUACUACAGAAGAGCGUGUAGCAUCACAGUAUUGGUAUUUUGAUAAUCAACGAUGAUCAAACAGUAUACGGUUUCCAUUAUACCAUUCAAAUAAUAACCUCUAAGUUUCAUCCUGAUUUCUGGAAAUAUGGCUGUUGAUUUAUUUAAUGUUCAACAAUGUAGCACUCCACUUCCUUUAGUCUCCUCUCUUCCUAAAUGUUUCUACUCUUCCGUCCCUUUCUCUCGUUGUUCUGUCACACCUCAAGUCCCAGCAUCAUGGAGGGCAGUCCAGUCCAAUGUGUCACUAAACUAGGAGCCUUUUUCAGCUUUAAUAGUUUGCUUCUUGGUUAUAAUUGUGUGUGUGCAGUACAGCAUUGAUCUAUCUCGCCGUUAACUAUCAAGCAAUAAUGAUUUAAGUGAUUGUGAUGCAAAGUCAGCUGAUCGAGUGGCCAAUAUAUCCUGCUGCUCCUCCAUGGAUAUACAUACAGUAUGGCAAAACAAACUGAACCAUCAUUUCUGCUGUAGAAUCAAGAUGGCGUCCGAUCUGGUUCCACUUUCCCUUCUUCUGUCUCGUCAGUAGCCACUGGCAUGUAAGGUAACCAAUGACAUCUCUCGCUGUCCCACUAAAGAGUUCGGAAUUUGAGUAUGAAGAGGAAUAAUGCUAUUUGAAGAUGUCAGUGAGUCUAUGCUAUCAGUUAUGAAGUAUCGCUGGGAGACGAGUGAGUUAAAGAAAUGAGACUGAGAGAAUCUGGUUUUAAACAUUCGGCUCUAGUCACUGUUGGCACGAUUCAAGCUUUUCCCAUUGGGGUACGUUAUGUGGAAGCCUCCUAACUUUGAACACUUUUAACAAUCUAUGUGUGAAAAGGGGCUAGGAUAUAUGGAAAUAUAAUAUCUGGAAAUAUAAUAUCUGGAAAUGUUUAGGGAGGUAGAGGAACUAGUAACAACAUAAAAACAUGCAGGCCGGCCAAAGAAAGAAGGCGUUUUUUCCAUGAUUCAUUUUGGGGUUUGUGUCUCUUUAUUUUGGUAUUAAAGCUUGAAUUGAAUCCUUUUGUGUAUGUGUGUGUGACUGAGACAGUGUUUGUUAACCUAUGUGGUGAGCUGUGGACGACCCCCAUGGUGGUCAGUCAGUCUGUGAUUGGAUUUGCACAAAGGCUCUAGUUCCUUGGUCACACACUGGAAAUCCUCAGCAUUGCCUAGCAACAGUUCAACACAGGAAACCAAUCCAGACUCAGAAUGGCUCAUCGGUUGGUUCGUUGCACAGAUAGGGAGUAAAGGAGGGCGUAACGUACAAGGAGACAUUUCUACAGUCAAUGGAAGUGCAGAUUCUGCUUCUACCUCAAGGGUUGAUCGGAAUUUGGAUUCAGAAUAUUUUUUCUUGAGUUUCCUUAUAAUUGCAAGUUCCAAACUCAUACAGGGGCUCAGGUCUUGGAUAUAUAAACAAUUCAUGGAUCAUAUCAGUUAACAUGCAGGCAGUCAUUGUGUAGUGCAGCGAGUGUGUGGUACAUUGGUGCAGUCCUACUCCUAGCAUGUGCUGUUAUAGUUUGAUUGUACAAAUCUUAUUUUAUAAUAUGUUUAAAGACAUUAAAGAAUGUCGCAGGGAAAUGUUUGAUUCAAACGACGAAAGACAAAUAUGUUGUUGUUGAUGUGAAUAUUUAUUUGAUAGUUAUUAUAGCUGUUAUUAUUUUUGUAGCUUUUUUGGUUAUUUGUUUAAAUUCUAUUUUGGACAUUGGACUUUCUGUCCUUUAUUUUGCUCUGUUAAUAAAGCUUGUGACUGGGA